AGGAAACGCUUUUCACUUUUCUGUGUAAAAACUGCAGAUCAUUCAAAGCCUGAAAUUGCCGCUGCGCCCGUAUCGAACGCUGCUUAAUGCUGGGGGUUGGUGCGCACUCUUUUUAAAGGGCUCUUUGCAGCAGUUCCUCGGCUGUGUGCGCGUGUGUUUAUGGGAGGUCUGUAGGUUUCCCUUUGAAGUCGAACUGUUGCCAUGUUUGAAUUACGUCAGGGUGAAGCCAUGAGGAACCAGCUCCAGCCUCUCAGCCGCAGUAGCAGCGAGCGGCAGCGGCUCAGUGUAGGAUGAGGCUCCAGCAGAGAAGAAAAGAUGUUUGGUUUCCAUAAACCAAAGAUGUACCGGAGUAUAGAGGGUUGCUGUAUCUGCAGAGCAAAGUCUUCCAGCUCUCGUUUCACUGAUAGUAAACGUUAUGAAAAAGACUUUGAGAAUUGCUUUGGGCUCCAUGAAGUCCGCUCAGGAGAUAUCUGCAAUGCGUGUGUUCUUUUGGUGAAAAGAUGGAAAAAGCUGCCAGCAGGAUCAAAGAAAAACUGGAAUCACGUGGUGGAUGCAAGGGCUGGACCCAGUCUUAAAACAACACUGAAACCAAAGAAAAUGAAAACUCUCUCUGGAAGCAGGAUAAAGAGCAAUCAAAUCAGCAAACUGCAAAAGGAAUUCAAACGACACAACUCUGAUGCCCACAGCACCACCUCAAGUGCCUCCCCCGCUCAGUCUCCCUGUUACAGUAACCAGUCUGAUGAUGGAUCCGACACCGAGAUGAGCCCUGGGUCCAGCAGAACACCAGUCUUCUCCUUUUUAGAUCUCACAUACUGGAAAAGGCAAAAAGUUUGCUGUGGAAUAAUUUACAAAGGGCGUUUCGGGGAAGUCCUUAUAGACACUCAUCUCUUCAAACCUUGCUGUAGCAAUAAGAAGUCAGCAACUGAGAAGCCUGAACAACAGGGACCCCAAUCUCCAGCCAUCUCCAAUCAGGAAGGAUGGUGACUUCCUUGGCUAACUGUAGGAAGGUGUAUACGGAGCCUCUUAUUGUCUGGAAAAUGCUAGAAAGUGACCCUUUGUUUACUAUGGACACCUGCUAUGCUGCCAAAAGACUAUUCCUUAGAAUUGUUUUGGUGUUUUUACUGCUACAAUUCCACAAACUCUCAAGCCGGUUUGUAUCUUUUCAGAAAUACUACAUAAUAAUAUUUAAGAUACUAUGGAACACUUAGCAAAGCUGAAUGCUGCUGCGAAGUUGUCUCUAAGGGUUUUUUGGUUUUUGUUUUUAUCUUUCCCCUACCCAUCCCUUCCAUGAAUGAACUUUUGAGGGUGGGUUUUCUUGUAUAAUAAAGUGUAUGUAGUUAAUAUUCCUGUACUGAGAGAAGCAGUGGUUGUGUUUGGCAUUUUUUAAGUUGAUAAACCCCCUCCCCAACCAGAGAAAAUAUUUCAUUUGAUGUGUGAUUCAGUGACAUGGACUUAUACAUAGAAGUUUUUAACUCUUUACAAUAUUUUCAUUUGCGUGUAUUUUAAAAGGUGUGGAGAGCUAAACCUGUACUACUGACAUUUUAACCAAGACAAAUAGUUUCAUCAUUCCUGUAUGGCAAAGCCAGGUAAUGUGAGCAAGGCUAGACACCUGUGUAGAACCUCCCAGUUCCUCCUGAAUACAAGUGACCAGUAAACCAAUAAAUGAUGACAACCCAAAAGCAAGCACUGGGACUUGUGCAGUACUGCACGUGAUUAGAUUGAGAGAGGAACCAUGGAGGCCAAUUGGGGUCCAGGUUAGGUGCAGCUUCGGGGUUGGAAUUUGUUGAAUUCUCACAGGAUGAUCUCAUAAAUUUUCUGCCAUUUCUAGGCACUUUCCUGGUUUUGAACAUGACACAGAACCAAAACCGUAGUGUGGGGGGCCAGCUUUCUGUCCCAGGAAUUGAAACAAAACAAUCCAAGCAUGAAAUUCAAUGGGGUUAUGAUUCCUGUUUUGGACCCUUCCACUCUUGUGAACUGUAUGCAUGUUUAUACUGCAAUCCUAGGGUGUGGUUUAAUCCAGCUAGCUCUGCUACCAGAGCAGUGAAGCUGUGGCAGCAUGACUUCACAGGGCUGUCCAACUGAGUAAUUGCCCAGGAUCCUGGGCAGCCUUGUACAGCCCUCACUGAUGCCCAUGCUGCCAUGGCUACACUGCUGUUGGUAACCGAGUUAGCUAGAGCAAAGCUAGCUGGGUACAUCCAUGAGCUGCAGUCACACCCUGUCAUUGUAACACAGGGCAUGUCUAUACUGCAGACAUACACACACCAUAGCAACACUUCCGUGCACACUGGACCUAUUGUAAAUUCUGUAAGUGCUGUUAAAAAUUACUCCAUUCUAAAUAGAGGCAGCUCUGUGUGCAUGAUUGUUGGCAAAACAAAUCCUAUGCACAUUCCUGGUAAAACUUGUGUGCAAAUGAUUGUGGCAUUCCUUCAUGCUCCAGCUUUGUCUUUAGAGUAAAAACAGCUUUCUCAAUGACUGUGCUGCAGUUUUAGCUCCUGGUUGUUUCAUGUUACCUUUAUGAAGAUUUAACUUGCAGUGUGGGAAGUGAACAUUUGGUUUAAAAA